AGGCUGUCGCGGUCGCUCGGGGUGUCCGGCGCGGCUGAGCUUGACCGACACUGCUCAUCCUCUGGAGCUGAUAACGCCUUGUGCUCAGUGUGGUCUGUGCUGAACAGGUGUCUCUUCCUCUGCAAUCCCCUCUGUCUGCAGCCUUUCCCUGGCUCAAACGCAAGUUUCUUUGGAGAAGAAAAACCUUAAGAUGGCAAGCCAAGGAAGUAACACAGAUUGCAUGUCUUGCAGUGUGCUGAACUGGGAGCAGGUCAGCCGUCUGCAUGAGGUUCUUACAGAGGUGGUUCCAAUCCAUGGCCGAGGUAACUUCCCAACGCUGAAGAUCACUCUGAAGGACAUUGUUCAGACUGUUCGGAGUAGGCUUAGUGAAGCAGGCAUUGUGGUACAUGACGUCCGUCUGAAUGGCUCUGCAGCUGGUCAUGUCCUGGUCAAGGAUAAUGGGCUGGGGUGCAAAGACCUGGAUCUCAUUUUUCAAGUUUCUCUUCCAAGUGAGGCAGAGUUUCAGUUGGUUCGAGAUGUGGUGCUGCGAUCCCUCUUGAAUUUCUUGCCAGAAGGAGUAAGCAAGCUAAAAAUCAGUCCAGUAACACUGAAGGAAGCCUACAUCCAGAAGCUGGUCAAAGUAUAUACAGAGUCUGACCGUUGGAGCUUGAUAUCGCUUUCCAACAAACAUGGCAAGAAUGUGGAGCUGAAAUUUGUAGAAUGCAUACGACGACAGUUUGAGUUCAGUGUGGACUCCUUCCAAAUCAUACUGGACUCCCUGCUCUUUUACUAUGACUACUCGCAAGCUCCCAUGUCAGAACACUUUCAUCCAACUGUGAUUGGGGAGAGCAUGUAUGGAGACUUUGAAGCAGCUUUUGAUCACCUCCAGAACAAACUGAUAGCUACCAAAAAUCCUGAAGAGAUCAGAGGAGGUGGUCUCCUGAAGUAUAGUAACCUCUUAGUACGAGACUUCAGGCCCAUGGAUAAGGAUGAGAUCAAAACAUUAGAGCGCUACAUGUGUUCCCGAUUCUUCAUAGACUUCCCAGACAUCCUGGAUCAGCAGCGCAAACUAGAGACCUACCUCCAGAACCACUUCUCCAAAGAUGAAAGGAGCAAAUAUGACUACCUCAUGAUUCUGCGCAGGGUAGUGAAUGAGAGCACAGUCUGUCUUAUGGGACAUGAGCGAAGGCAGACUCUCAACUUGAUUUCACUGCUAGCACUCAAAGUGCUGGCAGAACAAAACAUCAUCCCUAAUGCCACUAAUGUUACCUGUUAUUACCAGCCAGCACCUUAUGUUAGUGAUGUAAACUUCAGCAAUUAUUAUAUUGCAAAUGCUUCUGUGCCCUACAGCCAGUCCUACCCUACUUGGUUGCCUUGCAAUUGAUCGCUUCACUCGAGCGUUCCUGAGUGGAGGCUAUUGAAAGCUGAGAUGCUAAGUAUAUAUAGACAAGAAAUGACUGUCAUUUGGAGGUUUUCUAAUGGAGACAUGACUGCAUUGGACUGUCCUUUUCCUGGUGUGCAGUGGGAAUAUGCCACCAGGUGACCUGCUAUGAACUUUUCAGAAUAUAUCUACAAAUGCCAAGAAGCUUUAUUACCUCUUCAUUAGGAGACGAGAACCAGCAGCCAGGUGUUAAGAGAAGUACUUGUAAAACUCUGUCUAGUUCUUUCAGUGGCUGUUAACGUGAUCCAAGUGGAGUAGUCAGUAAACUGGGUUACUUCAAUAGAGAAGAGUCUGUAAAACGUCCUAAGGAAAGCAGAAGCCACUCCUGGAACAGCAGCAGAGCUCUGCUUCCUAUUGCCUAAUCUCAUUACACUUCCUCAGUAACAGUUCUGGCUUACUUUCUAUUGAACUAAUUGUGCGAGAGUGGGCUUGGGUCAUGUUUGGGCCAUUUCUACUUCUAUUUCUGGCUGUGUAGAACUGGUAACAGUAUGGAUACUGUCUGUCUCGUAGAGGGCCUAAAUGUUGUUUCAUGUAGUACCUAGGGAUGUAUGGUCCUGCCUCAAGUUUGAAAUUAUUUUCUUGGAAGUUGAAAAUGGGUUAGUAAGUCUAUCUCUAAAUCAUAAGCUGGCUAACUUUUUUCUUGACUACAAAAAUUUGGAAGGUGACAUCUCUAAAUGCACCAAAAUGGAGUCUAAAAUGUGAUAAAUCUCUGAAGCGAAGACUUGAAGCCUUAAAUGGAAUUGGAACCACAGUUUGAAUAGUUAGGAUGGGAAAAUGCUGUUAAAUCCAGGCUCAAGGUAAAGCCUUUCUGACUGCAUCUUUCAAAACAAUUUUUGGCAUGGUUGGAAAGUAGCACAGCUCUUAAACUGAGGUUUGGCUUAGCUUUCUUCCUCACAGGUCCACAGCAAGCAAAAAAAAAAAAACUUCAAAACCCCCAAACUACUAAGUUGCAGGAUGGUGUGCACUCCUGCCACUGUAUAAACUCCUGAAGUGCCUCCUGAAAUUAAUUUCUUGUACAACUUCAGGCAGGUCCUGAAGGCUUGUCUUUCUGUCACUGCUUAAGGGUUGAACUUACUGGUUUAUCACUAUCACUUGGUCACUGUAUGAGGUAGUAUUUUGAGUGGUUAAAUUCUUCCUCUUUAACUUACCCCACAUUUGAGUAGGUGUAGAAACCUUAAGCAAUGCUCUCCACAGAGGCUGCGUGUGGUGAAAGUCUGCCCUGUUUUCAGAAGAGCCUCUUCCAGAGUAUGUACUCCCUUGGAGGUGUAGGGGGCUGACCUUCCUAAAGGGUAUGUGCUGAACUUGCUGCUUUGAAACUGAGCUUGCUUUAUGUGCUUUAUAAGGAAGGUUAAAAAUUCCCUGGUUACAUAUGUAGCGAUGUUAGAAGCUGGUAUAUUAAGUGGAUGAUUUUCUUUGAAUUGCAGUAGUAAAAUACACAUAGCAAGUGAUCUUGAGUUUCCUUUGCUUAACCAGAGAAGUAGAUUAGAAAGGCAAAUCUUAGAGCUAUUUAAUAUGUACUGGUACAAUGUUUGUUAAACCUUUUUUAUGACUUCUAGCUGUCUUCACAAACCUGUGAGACCCAAGUGCCUGAUCAAACAAGCUUAUGUGGUAAAGCAGAAAGCAAGUGAAACACCAAUGUAUGGUUGCUGCUCAAGGUGGAAAACAGUAGCAGUGCAGCACUUAAAUAGCAGUAGAAAACUGCCUGUUCCUCAUAGGAUCAAAACCUUCUAGUUACAUUGCAGAUUCUCUCACUUCUCAUAACUGCUUCAUAAAGACUGCUUCAAUAAAGCAGUGAGGCUUCUCUUUUGUUCAGACUUUGGGUCUUGUAAACAACUUCAGUAGUAAAUAGACUAUGUAUUGUCUUUUGUGUUUUGUUUCUUUCAUUAAAGGCUUCCUGAGUAGUCAGCCAAAGUAGCUGAACUUGAAAGUGAACCCAGCGUUUUUCAUCAGCUGUGGCUUGGGCUUGAUGUGGCUUACAAACAAGGUGUCUCUUACCCAAGACUUUGGCUUCUUGGAAGGCUUUUUAAAAACUAACACGAUGCCAAUGUUCUCAUGGGUGUUUGACUUAGUGCGAGCUUACUGAUGGAAUGUUGACCUAGGCAUGAGUAACUUCUGCAUGCAAAUAGAGUAUGUAAUGGCUAUCACCUCUGAAAUUACUGUUUUCAAAGCCAACCUAAGCUAUACCUAUUGCAGAAGUAAAGCAUUGCUGAGAGAGACAUAUUUGUUUUGCACAUCAAAUAGCUUAGACUCCUGUAUUUGUCUUGUGUGAUAUUAUGGCUGAUCUUGAACUGUUAUCAUGCCUUGGCUCAUGUCGAAGAAGUGGUCAGAUGCUCUGGAGAAGUCCUCACAAGCUUGAGACAGACUGAAUUUUUACUAGUAUUUGAAUGCCUUAGCUGCUAAACAUCAUGCUAAGUGCGUCUAUUGGAAAAGAAAGUGCUAGAAAAAAGAAGUCCAUUAAGGUUUUUUACUGAGAUGGAGCUUUGGAGGAUUUAGGCUACCUGCCAUAAAUAUUGUGUUUUUGCUAAUGUAACUUGUUGCUGAGGCCUCUAAGGAAGCUUUAUGUUGAAUGGCUGCUCUCUGAACAGCUGAUUUCCUGGGUUUAAGCUUUGCAGACCUGCUGUUUUCCCUGUCUGGCUCUGAAGUUGCUCUGUCGUGUUGGAAAUAUUGAUGCUUUGUAGCCUACCCGCUGGAUGCCAAGCACUUGAAUAGUCUGAAGCUGCACGCUACCUACUGCGUUGGCCCUACUGUAUAAAAUUAAUGAGACACUGUUAGUAUCAUUCCCUUCAACAUGAUCCUGUAUUGGCAGGUAGAGCUGGAAUAUCCAAUACUUUUCAUCACUGUGGUGCAAGCAGUCUACCCUUUCUGUUUUAAAUUGUCCUGGCAGCCUGAUGUUGCAUGAGGCUUAAUUUGGGGUGUGCAGUGUGGUUCAGGUUUAUGGUGGCCCCUGUAGCAAAGAGUAACAUAAUAAUGAGUGCUAGGUGAAAGUGGAUAGUGAUGACCCUAGGCCAAGACUGAGGUGCCUGUUUCAUUCUGACUCCAUUCAGUACUAAACGAUGCCUCUGCAAACCAGCCCUAUCCUCUGCUCCUUACUUGUGUGUCAAGUAGAGGUAAGAGACUACUGUACUCCAGACUAUUACUGUGAUGCAUUCCCUCUGGGCAGUGGCAUCAAAACAAAGCUGCAGUAACACUAGACUGCAAGUCUUAUAUCAGUGCAUUAUUCCUCAGGACUAGGCUUCUAGUAAAUUGGACCAUGUGGUUUAAAAUAGCUGUUUUCUUCCUGUGGCUUAUAAGCUCUGAGCUAAGCCAGUCUGAGGUUAAGCAUCUGUUGUCAAUAUUUAUUGUCAAGUCCCCCUUGACUUACAGUUUGUGUUACUUCUUCAUUGUAAGAUAGAUUUUUUUUUUUUUUAACUUGAUGAAGAUGCUACCAAGGAAACCUAGUAUUAGACUAAUUUUUAGUCACUUUGGUAAAAUCCCUGUGCUGAUCUGUGGUCACUCUGAAAAAUUGUAGCAUAAAGCAUACUCCAGGCUUCCUAAGCUCAAGACUUAAUUGUUGCUGUGUUUGUCCUCAGCUAGUUCAGCCAGUCGCUAAGCUGGAGGUUGAAGACUACUGCUUGCUUUUGAGUAACCACUUUUUUUGUAAGAUCCUCAUACUUCAUUUUAACAAGAAUAGUAUCUUGUCUACAAAGCAGUAGGUAAUAUUUAAGUCUAGUCCAAAUACCUAAAGCUUUUUCUUGAAACUUAGACCCGUAUUCUGGGAUUGAGUUCUGGGGUUAAGCAUUUGAUGUGUUCUGUGCCUAGGCUUUGUGGGUUUCUGAUGACUAGAAUAACUACUAAUGGUAGUGAUCUCUGCUUAUCAUUAUAUGAGUGCUUCAGGAAAAGCCUCUUAGAAGCGAACUUGGACAAACUGUUUUGAUUCUAAGCUGCCACUGUACUGAUAGUCCUUGUUUACUGUCCCUCUCACUUGACUCAUUCAGUCAGGCUACCAUAGUUGUUAGGCAAAGGAAUAAGCAAUAAGUUGACCAGAGUCACUGGCAGCUUGGUCCAAUUUGGGCAUCAGGAAAACCAAAUGGAUAGUGAUACUUUUAGCGUUUGCAACGAAGUCUUAUACUUCACUAUAUUUAACAAAUGGUGGAGUAUUUCAUAUAUGUUCUUUAAUUUCAAUGAAAACUAGUUAUAAGGUGGGCUGUAGCUGUAGAAGCUUUAGGGGGGGAAUGGUUGGAGCACUCUGUUUUUUUUCCUCACUCGUAUCAGAAGAGGUGGCCACUCACUUCAAUGUCUGGAUUGGGCUUAUCUCUUUCUGAUUAAAAUUGCACUUUCCAUUGAAAUUUAAAAGGCCUUUAUUUUCUGUGUUUAUCAUAUUUUUUACUAUUAAAAGCAGUUAGCUCUUGGAAAAUCUGUCUCAUACCUUUUUGGAAGAAGUGAGUUGUUUGGUUUUUUUGGUUUUUUGUUUUGAGCUGGCAAAACAAGGUACUAGAAAUAUUUGGAUUUGUGAUGAGCCCAAAUGUGAGAUUGGUCACAAUAACUUUAUCUGCUGUUCUGUACUGUGGUGUUCACUUGUCAUUCUUGGAAAUUGGGUUUUGGACCUUAAUGAUUCUGAAGUUCUUGUGCAAAUAAAAUUAUGCUAAA